AAGUGAAAAGCAUUGAACCUGGGGGGCGUCUCGCCUAUCUCUAGCUUCGAAUUUCAUGGGGCGUCUGAUAAUCGUUCUGUCACAAACGAGAAAUCGUUCAGUCGACUGGUGGCUGUUGGCUCAUUUCAAUGAAAAUGAGAAUAAUAACAGCUCUUGGAUUUCUUCUUUUUUGGCAGGAUUCGGCAAUCUUAGCUGAAAACGACAAUGAACUCGAAUACUAUGCGUUAAAUUGCAAGGAUUAUGACCAUCCAACUACCUUGUUGAAAUUGAGGAGAUAUCUUUUCUGCGAUUACGAUCCUAAUGUUCGACCGAUUUCGUCUCAUCAAAUCGCCAACAACGUGACCAUGCAAUUACUUCCAAAACUGAUGGAAUUCGAUGAUUGGACCAGCGUGAUGGAGUUGCACAGUUGGAUGACCCUUGUUUCGAAUAUUCGAUGAUUAAAAAAAAUAAAUAAAUAAAUAUAUAUAUAUAUAUAUUGCCCCUAUCGAAUAAGAGGUGACAUGACGUUCGAUCAAACUGGUAUACCAUCUACUACGUGCCUGGUGUUCAGUUCGGGUUCGGUAAGCUGCGUACCAUCGGUGAAACACGUUGCCAAAUGCGCGACAGAUUUUUCCUCGUGGCCCUACGACACUCAUCGAUGCCGGAUUAAUUUUGGCUCGUGGGUCCAUUCAGGGGAGGAAGUGAACAUUUUUCUUGACAAAAAGGGGUUCCACAUGGACGGGUAUACGAAUAAUUCCAAAUGGGAUUUCAAAGUUAUAAAAGCGACCAAAGUGUUGAAGAUGUACGCUUGUUGCCCGAACGACACUUAUCCGAUGAUCGUUUACGAAUUCUCCAUAAGCCGACAUUACGGCAUAUUGCCCGCCCCCUACGUCAUCCCUGCCGUAACAAUGAUGUUGCUCACGUUGACGGUACUAUGGCUGGACUCGAGAUCAACAGAGAGAAUGAUCGCAGCGAGUGUGAAUUUGAUCUGUCAUAUACUUUGCAUGUCCGAUUUGCAUUGGCAAUUACCUCACAAUAGCACCAAUCCUCCCAAUAUACUGCUCUAUUAUAGAGAUUCGCUUGCCUUGUCCGUAUUCGCUUUAAUUUUAACCGCUCUGCUUCGGAAAAUGCAAGAAAUGAACAUCGAGGUGCCAUAUUGGAUUUCUAUAAUAACUUCGUUCGUCUUGAACAACAGAGCCGGACGUUUCCUUAUUCUUACCGAGAACGAUACCAAAUUAUCCAAUCAGGGGAUACUUGGCGAAGAGACUGAAAACAAUUCAGAGGUUUCGAAAUCUCGGACUAAAGAAUCGGCGUGGAGACAUUUCGCGGCCAUAAUCGAAUGGCUCUCUUUCUUCAUCGUGAUUUUCACUUACAUCAUCAUUCUGAUCACUCUUGUACCAUCCACGUGAAAAAUCGAAUCCCCCUACGUUCUUCAUCAGUAAUCGAUUGUAGAUUCUCAUUCUCAGAAUAAAUAAUAAUUUAUAACGAU